CUCUUUACGCGGCCCCCAUCACUGCCGUACGCGUCCAGUAUGGUUAGAGUUCAGUGCUGCAGAUACUUUCCGUGUUCCGUUAUACAAUUUGACUGGCACAUCUCCUCAUUGGAGGAGUCAGCUAUAAGGAAAAGAAGGAAGGUUAUACAAUUUGAACAGUACAACUGAUAAAAACGGAACGGUCGCACGUAUACAGUAAUGAUGUCAUUUACACCGUACUGAAAGCUUAUAUCGGAACACAGGGACAGUAUCGUGUGGCAGACAGUGGCAGACGACAGACUUUUGUAUGGUUGUCACUUUGGAGUGCUCUGUGUAGUAUUUCAUUCAAUUUCAAGAAUUUUUGCUUCAUUUUCCUGUAUAUUUGUUUACGGCUUAGUUAGCUAAGAGCAAUACGAAUCGGAUAGUCAAUGUAAUAUAGUGCAGUCUUGCAGACUACUCAAGGAUAUCAAUCGGAAGGGUUAUGAGGUUCCAUUAUCGAAUAAUUACAUGUUUACGGUAUUUUUCUAUUGCUAUUCAUAAAACCGCUACAUUUCAGUAUGGCCGAGAAAUGUAAGGAAUGUGGAUGCAUGUGCACUCAAUGUUCUCCGAUAGUACAAGAUCACAGCGAUAUACAUUUACAUGUUGAAAUAGAACACUUGAGACAGCGCCUCAUGGAAAGAGAUAGUCACAUUGUUACAAUGGAGACACAAUUCUUAAACGAGGCUGAUAAAUUUCCUAAUGGAGAGAUGGCAUCCAUAAGGGAAGAGAUAUUAGCUUGGCAGGACAAAUAUUCUAGACUACUCGAAGCUCACAAGAGGGUACAGAAGGUUAACCAAAAUCUUGAGGACAAGCUGUUAAGAAUAGUCGAUAAGUGCGAGACUGAGAAGGGUGCCUUUGCUAAGGACAUAGCAACUCUGUCCCAUAGACUUGCUGAUGCCAAUUAUACAAUACAUCGUUUAACACAAGAUAAUGAAAAGUACAGGAACGAUGUAAAUUUGGCUAUUCAACUGUUGCAGUGUAAGCCAUCUAAUUUUGUAGGUCAGAAGUAUGACACGUUACCAUUGGAAGUUCAGGCCAAGGUGCGAACUUAUGUUGCACAAAAGCGACGAUCCAGCGAGGUGACUGCGCCUGAUGUUAAGAGCAUUACUGUACCAAUUUCGACAUUUCCUCCAACAGCUAUGGUAUAUAACGUUGCUAAGGCAAACAUCGAUAAAGAUAGCGACGAGGACAACGACAGCGACGAGUCAAAAUCUCCUGUGGACCUUGUAUCGGCCUCCAUCAUGGCCAAGGUACUGAAGGAUCGCGAGAGAGAGAGAGUUUUGGCCAAGCACUGCGAUACCUGUUCCUGCCACAAAAGUAUUUUAACGGCCGAUUCGGCAGUGCAGACCACCGACUCGUCUGAUAUUUGUAUUUGUAAGAAAUGGAGAAUGAAAGACGUCUGCAACGUUCAAACUGCUACUGGGAUGAACGAUAAUGUGGGACGAACUGUUGAAAGUAAGGAUAAUUUUAUUAAAUAUGACCGUACGUCAUUAAAAAAUUAUGAACGUAGUGAUAAUUUCACUAGACAACCUAUUUUUCAAGAAACCAAUGAUAAUACUGUUAAUAAUAGUAAAGGUAACGUUUUAUGUAAUAACAAUGAGAAUAUCAAGCAUAGUAACUUUCAGUGUGUGAAUGAGAAAGUAGGCACUAAACACAAAAUGAAUAAUAUCACAAACAUCAAAUCCAGGGGUCAUGGAAAUCAAAUAAAUUCAGCAUGCCAGCACACAGGUUCAAACACAAAGGAGUCCACCAGUACAAAAUUGUCUAUCCGACAUCAGAACUCUUGCAAAAAUCAAAAUGAUACAAAUGAACAGGCACCAUCCCAAGCUGUUGGCAAUCAGCCUGGUCUAAACAAGACAAGGCAGCUAAAAUUACUAGCUAAAAAAGUUGACGCUCAAGUUGGAUUAAAACCCAAAGACAGUAACUGGAGCAAGAUCGGGAAAAAUAAUUGGCAACAAAGUAUUGAUGUCGAUACAAACAACUCAGAUAACAACCUCAUGCGAAAGGAGGAGUUAAGUCGAAUAAAUAUGAUAAACGACAGACUCUGGAAAAACGAAUGGUGGAUGAAAUCAAAGAACAAAGUAGGGUCAUUUAGUACAACAAUGCCAGAACGACCAUUGCGAACGAAUCAUGAAACUCAAAUCGACGUCAUCAAUGACAGAGUUUGGAAGAACGAUAGCUCACGUGGUCACAGUGGUAAACCAUUUCAAGUAACUUCGAUAGAGGUUAUGAACGCAAUUGACUAUACUGGAACGAAUCAAAAUGAUUUAAGACAAACCGUCAAAGCUGCAAGUCCAAGUUUCAGUAGCGACAGCAUUGUUAUUUCAACCUCAGAUCCACCAAGUAGUUCUAGCGCUCCUAUUUGCUCGGGUAACGAGAAGCAAUCACAUUGUAGCAAUAAUUUAGAUUCAAAUUGCCAGGAUCGUCGCGUUACUGGGCCAAGAAAUUGUCUCGUGAGAGUCACGCCAGGUUCAAAAAAUAUUCUUCUAGAUAAUGCAGGACAUUUUCAUACUGUGCUCUACACCAGUAGUUCGAAUAGGCCAAACACAGCUCUGGUACACACGGGUAAAUCAGUGCGAUCAGCCAGGUCGGCUUCAACCAGUAGCGAAGAGAAUUCGCCAAUAUUACCCCAGGAUAACGAGCAACUUCAAAGAGUCGCUGAAUGGGUCCGUUCUUUUGCACCCGUUGAAAAUUCAUUGUCGAAUUAUAAUACAUCCAAGAAAAUAUCAGAGUUCUUACCUUGUACGACUCCGAAUGAUAAGGCAUAUAUUUUUCAUAUAAACGCAUGCGUCAACUAUGAGGACAAGGCACGCAUGCAAAAGGUAUAUACUGCUCCAGAUUCCGCUGAUACAAAUUCAAUGAACCGCAUGGAUAUUUCUCACAGGCAUGAAUCAUCCAAUAAAUAUUGCAAUAAGGAGAUCGAUUUGAAAGGUCAGAACGAUGAAGAUCUUAUCACAUUUGAUUUAUCAACCGAUGCCAAAGUCCCUAAUCAGAAGCAAAAUGAUCAAAGGGCUAAUUCUUCGCCUCAGGUCGAUUAUGAAAUCAAAGUGACUCGGGAAAUGGAAGAAACUUAUUUGAAGUUAGCGGCGAGCUUAGAUCCAGUAGCUUUACGUUUUUCAAGUUCAUCAAGCACUAAUUUAACUAUUAAAAAGUACAGAAAUGAUCACAAACGCCUUAACGUGCAAAAAGGUCAAGACAAACCGGACUCGCCCGCGACCACAUAACGCAAUUCCGAUUUGUCAUGCUCGCAAUAUGAGCGAGCGAUUCCUUUAAGAAAAGAGUUAUUUUUUUAUCUAUUAUAAAGUAAAAGAGCAGUAUUGAAAACGUGAGAGAGAGAGAGAGAGAGAGAUAU